ACUUUCAAGCUUUACAUUCUAAAGAGCAUUAAGACAAACAGUUUAUGCCCAAAAUCGAAGAAUUCUCCACAUUGCACAAGAAAAUCGAUCAAUCAGCCUAGACGAACACCACUAUGUGUCCCAAUUCCACCGGCAAAAUGCUCUGCAUUUUUUUCUUGUCAUUUCCGUCCUCGAUUGUGACCCUCUUUAAUUUGGCCUUCUAUAUAAACUUCUCUAUUUACUUGAUGCUCUUUUCAUGUACAUAAAAACACUUCUUUUGUUUCUGGUUCUGAUACUAGGGGUCUAGUUUCCUUCUCAUGGACGAGAAUAAACUUCAUUUGUCUCCUCCUAAGCAGAUGCUACCUCAAAGAAUGGACUCGGGAGGUCCUUAUCGUCUUCUGCACUGUUCAGGUUUGGGUGACAAAGAAGGUGUAAUGCAAGAGCUCGGGAAGGGAGUGGAACCCAAUCUGGUUGACUAUGAUAAGAGAACAGCACUUCAUUUAGCUGCCUCUGAAGGUUGUGCAGAGAUUGUUUUUCUACUUCUUGAGAAAGGAGCUGAUGUGAACUCCACAGAUCGCUGGGGUCGAACUCCACUUUCUGAUGCCCGUAACUUUGAUCACAAGGAUGUCUGCAAGAUUCUAGAGGCACAUGGUGGAUAUGAUCCGUUGGGUGACUCUCCUAUGCCAUGUUGUAUAAUUGAUCAUGGUGAAGUGGACAUGAAGGAUGCAACUCUUAUUGGAGAAGGUGCAUAUGGUGAAGUUUAUUUGGUAAAGUGGCGCGGUACAGAAGUUGCUGCAAAAACCAUUCGUGCUUCCAUUGCAUCAAACCCAAUGGUGAAGAAUGCUUUUCUGAAGGAGCUGGCGUUAUGGCAAAAGUUGCGCCAUCCCAAUAUUGUGCAGUUUCUUGGUGUUCUAAAGCAAUCUGAUCGAUUGAUCUUUCUUACUGAAUAUCUUCGAAAUGGAAGCUUGUAUGACCAAUUGAGAAAGAAAGGAAGACUUGAUUCACUGACAGCAGUUGCUUAUGCAUUAGAUAUUGCAAGAGGAAUGAAUUAUCUACAUCAGCAUAAGCCUCAUGCUAUUAUCCAUAGAGAUUUGACUCCUAGAAAUGUAUUGCAGGAUGAAGCAGGACAUCUUAAAGUCACAGACUUUGGACUCAGUAAAAUUGCACAACAGAAGGAUUCUUAUGGUUACAAAAUGACUGGAGGGACUGGAUCAUAUCGAUACAUGGCUCCAGAAGUUUACCGUCGAGAAUCAUAUGGGAAGAGUGUUGAUAUUUUUUCAUUUGCUCUAAUUGUCCACGAGAUGUUCCAAGGAGGACCAUCAAAUAGGGAGGAAGCUCCAGAGCAAGUGGCAGAUAAGACAGCAUACGAAGAUUAUCGGCCAUAUCUAGCUUCAUACAUAUUUCCUGAGCCAAUCAAGACGCUGCUUCGUGAAUGCUGGCACAAGAACCCUGAUCGUAGACCCUCCUUUCAAGAAAUAAUUGAACGGCUUGAGAAAAUCCAUGAGACUAUGCAAGAUAAGAUAGUUUUGGGAACGUAUUGUAGCUGUAUGAUAUUAUGAGUAAAAUUAUCUGAUCCUGAAGCUGGUCUGAUGUCUCCUAUUGCAUUUCUUUUCUCUCUGAUUACAAGGAGCUUUUGCAUAGCCCUUACAGAUUUGAAAAUACAUAAAUAAAGUGCAAGUUUGUCUUAAAAUAUCUUCAAGGAAAUACCUCCUGAAAGGAUAUGAGUUUCUAGGAAAUUUUUAGUAGAGUUUAACUUAUAUACAUCGACGUUGCUAAAAACAAUUACACAUAGUUUAAUUUACCUACGAUAACAGGUUAUUUAACAUGCUUUGCAGGUUACCAGUCCAUACUUGCUAUAACAGGUACCUAUAAAUGGCUUUUAGGUGAUAUGAUAGUGUAAAAAUUUCUUACAAUGUUAAUAUUGUUAUAAGAAAAAUCAAAUUAUGGUGGAUGUCUACUCUUCCUCCAUGAUUC